ACACAGCUUCUUACCUCCAAUGCACGGGUGAAAAUGCUAGGGCCGAACCGCUCUGGAAGGGUUCGAGGGCAAUGGGCAAGACUCGCGCAAUAGCCUUGGCGAGGAUGUAAACGACUCCGAAGGAUCCCCAAACGGAGCCAAAGGCUGCCAUGGAUUUGGUAAAGGGGCAUUCGACGGCUUCCCCCGAGGAAGAAGCGAACAGGGACGUCUUGCUAGCGGCACCUCCCGAGGGAAUGGAACGAACCAGAUUCAGCAUCGAUGAUUUGUUUCUGGUGGAUCUUCGUCGCUGUGUGGGUAAAGACAACGACCCCAAGGGAACCGUCGGAGCCGACGAAAGAAAGAGGGGUACAUUGCCGGAGGGCACGCUCGCUCUGCUAGGAACAAAGCCUUCCGAUACAACGACGGAGACGCCGAGCCAGAAGAAGACGCUGAUUAUUGUCGGUAGGCGGGUAAAGUGCAUUGUUUGAUCGUGGUUUGCUGUCUGUUUGUGACCGCGAAGAGCUGUGGAUUUGUAGUGUGCUUUGUUUGAUUCGGGUCGGAACUAUCGGUGAGUUCUUAUUCGUUUUUUCGAUGGAAAGAGCUUUACUUCGGACGGGUGCAAGAAGCGUUCAACAAUGAGUUGUGGUGAGAUUUAUGAAGUCGCGAUGAGGUUGAGAGUUGCUGCUGUGUUUGGUGUUUUGUGCGGGUUCUGAUGAUAACGAGAAUGCUUUCAUGUCAAAGUUAGGCGUCAAACAAAAAACAGCAUCGAGA